UUUUGAUAUAGAAAUCAAUGAACUUGAGGUGUUGAUUUCUCAGUUUUCAAAAAGUGAUCUUAAUGCAUAUGAAUAUCUUCAUAUUGAGGACGAGAUACCAGAGGGUGGGCUUACUGAUCAUGAAAUAGUUGAUACUAUUCGAAAUGCAAAUAGGGAAGAGGAAAAUGUGGUGGAUGAGAUUGAAUUAACGCAUAUAAUGGAGAAAAUAAAUCUGACAGAGGUAGAAAAGGCUAUAGAUAAAACCAUAAGAUUUUUAUAUAAACAAGGACCAGAAUUCGAGGAAGUAAAUGAAGAGUUGAAAAUUUUAAGGAGAUUGCAUAAAAAAGUGAAGGUAUUGAUUGUAAAAAAUUUAAAACAGGUUGAUCUUCAUUACUUUCGAUACGAUAAUGUUAUUUGA